GCGAACAGCUGUACAACAAAUGACUGUUCUCAGAGUAAAGUCCAAAAGUUGAUUAUUUUGGUGAAACAAAUAUUAUAAAUUGCACAGUCAUGGCAUCUACGGUCUCCAAAGUUCCACAAACAUUUAGGAAAUGGGUUGUGCAGAAAAUCAGCAAUAAGUUUAGGGAAGCUGCUGAAGUUGUCACCGUAAAUACUCCGCAAAUCGGACCUUCUGAAGUUUUAGUAAAAAACAAAUAUGUUGGAAUAAAUGCCAGUGAUAUCAACUUUACUGCUGGCAGAUAUGACCCAACAGCUAAACCUCCAUUUGAUGCUGGAUUUGAGGCAGUAGGAGAGGUGGUAGCUAGAGGCGACUCCUGCAACAAGUUAAACCUUGGACAGCCAGUAUGCUACAUGGCUAAUGGUGCAUUUGCAGAAUAUAUGGUCCUUAAAGAAAGACAUGUGUUUCCUGUACCUGCCACCAAUCCCGAGUUUGUUACAUUACUGGUUAGUGGUCUAACAGCUGCAAUAUCUCUUGAUAAAGUUGGUGAAAUAAAGAAAGGAGAGACUGUUUUAGUGACUGCUGCAGCAGGAGGGACGGGACAGUUUGCCGUGCAGGCAGCAAGAAAUGCUGGGUGUCAUGUUAUAGGAACUUGCUCAUCAGAUGAUAAAGUGCAAUUUUUAAAGGAUAUUGGCUGUGACAGACCUGUUAACUAUAAGAAAGAAAAUUUGAAUGAGGUGCUGAAGAAUGAAUACCCUAGUGGUGUAGAUGUGGUUUAUGAAUCAAUUGGUGGAGAUAUGUUUGAUACAGCUGUAAAAAAUCUUGCAAUAAAAGGCAGAUUGAUUAUAAUAGGCUACAUAGCUGGAUAUGAGACUUCUAGAGGGUUCCCAACUUCUAAAGUUGUCGCUACUUUACCUCAAAGGCUCCUUCCAAAAUCGGCCAGUGUCCGUGGGUUUUUCCUAUUUGGAUAUGUUUCUGACUUCCCUGAGUACCUCAAUAAGUUGGUAGAUAUGUACAAAGCAGGAACUCUGAAGCUCAAUGUAGACAAUGGACAAAGAUUCGAGAGUGGACCAUUCAAGGGUGUUGGCUCUAUACCAAAUGCAAUUGAGUACCUCUACAGUGGUAAGAGUAUGGGAAAGAUUGUGGUAGAUGUCGACCAACAAGCCAGUAAACUAUAGGAACAAAUACUAAAGACUUAAAUAUCAACUAUUCCAUUCAAAAGAAACAGUCUUCGAUAGUAGGAGGCCAUUGCCUGUUGUAUUUGAACGAUGCUCUCUGAUCUUGUUAAGCCAAUGAUGUUGUUAACUUAACACUUUCAUUGUUUCAUCCUCUGUUGAAUAGUAGUAGAGCAACAAAAUUGUUUUAAAUACCUACAACUAUGACAUUUUGGCAAUUCGACUAUUAGAUGGUCAUUUUGAGAAGUGAUGGCUGACGCUUAACAUGAUAUUUGAAUUGCUAUGAAUGGUGUUUCCAUUAUUUCUAUGUAAAUGUAUCUCCAUGUAUAUUGUAUAAUGCAUUGGAACAACAUUAGAACAAUUAUGAGUUGUUAUAAAAGUAUUCUGUGCAGUAAAGUAUUUUAGUAUGAUGAUACUCCUGAAGGAGACAAUGGGGUA